AUGGGGGAAUCUUCACCCUUUGUCAGGGGUCUACUCGCGACCCUCAUUGCGUGCUAUGGGGUCUACACCUUUUUUACGUACGGAGUCCUUGCGAUCUGGUCAGGGACUUUCUUCCACCGGACGACAGAAAAGGAGAAAUUGGAGUCAUUACUAGCGAAGGACCGCCUCUGGAACCUCUCUAAGCAAUGGGAAGGUUUCUCUCACCACUUCAUAACCCUACGGGACGGCUUCAAGUUCCACUACGUCGCUAAUGACUCCGUCUCAAAUCGUAAAUCAUCACCAAGACUGAGACCAGCAAAACCACUUGUCAUUUUCGUUCACGGCUUCCCGGAUAGCUGGGCGAUAUGGCGACACAUUCUGCCCUCCUCAUUACUCUGGGAGCGCAGCUCUAUCGUCGCAGUUGACCUGCCCGGCUACGGCGGGACCGAUUCUCUGCCAAGGUAUAGCGCGACGGAGGUCAUGGAACAUUUUGCUGAGUUCCUCAUCGCCAUUCGACGGAAGUAUGGGAUUGAUUCGGAUGAUGAUGAUGGGCCUAUCAGACCCAUGGAUGCGAAACGGCCGGCCGGGAAGGUCAUUUACGUCGGGCAUGAUUGGGGCGCUUUGUUGGGCUUCCGCAUUGCUUCGGAGGCACCGAAGUUGGCGAAUAGGUUUAUAUUGACGAAUGGCCCACUGCUCCCUUUAGCGAAGUCAAAUCUCAUCCAGACAUGGGAAUCCUCGGCAAAAAUGUUCAAGACAUUCCUCCGGAACCCAUUCCACUCCCACACCCUUCUUCUCCAGGCAAUAUCUAGACUGAAGCCUUUGCUCCGCCAAAUGGUUCUAUCCGGCUACAUUUUCAUAUUCCAGCUACCCAUGCCCAUGGUACGUUACACGGGCAGUGGGGGCAACUAUUCAUUCUUGAAAGCGGUGCACAUCCAAGCGGCAGGGAACGUGGUUGAAUUUACCGUCCGGGACGCCCAAGAAUCCAUGGCAAGCACUCUCGGUCCCGGCGACGCGGAAUUCAAAACAGCAACAGAAGACGGAGAGCACUAUCCACCCAGCGUCGCCCGACGUAUCCAGAUAGGCAGCUUCGGCGACACGGCCUCCUACUACCGCCACGGCGCCGCCGUAGGCACCUGGCAUAAGUCACUCGAGACCAUCUCGGCACUAUACAAUCUUGGGGAGCCACGGCGGACCAGCACGGGGAUGGCUAUGCAGGAUGGGGUCCCCGGGGCGCUCCAGGCAAACGCGACCGUUUUAUGGGGGGAGCAGGAUACGGCGCUGGACCCGCACGUGAUGCUGGAAGGGAUUGCAGAUUAUCUUGUGCAUGGAAGCCAGGUGGUGAUGUUGCCGCGGACGGCGCAUUUUUCUCCAAUGGAGGUGGAAGGGCGGAGGGCUAUUGAGAAGGUGGUGGAAUGGGCUGUUGCCGGUGAGAAGGAGGAUGUGGGCGCGGUGGUUGCUGGUGUGUAUCCGGGCACGGUUGUGACGAGAGUCAUCGCCACCACCACCACCGCCGCCAUGGAAGACCCAGGUGAACGUGAAGCUGUUUACUGCACCAUGCUUCUCAGCGAUAGUUACCUCCCAGGUGCAAUGGUGCUGGCCCAUUCGCUGCGAGACACCGGCUCCAAAGCGAAGCUCGUCGUGCUGGUUACGCUGGACUCUUUGAAGUCUUCAACGGUCGAUGAGCUGAAAACCAUCUACAACGAUAUAAUCCCCAUCACUCAAUUCGUCAAUCGAAACCCCGCAAACCUAUACCUAAUGGACAGGCCAGACCUAAUAUCGACUUUCUCCAAAAUAGAGCUCUGGAGACAGACCCAGUACAGUAAGAUCGUGUACAUCGAUGCCGAUGUCGUAUCUCUUAGAGCCCCGAACGAGCUCCUCAAGCUCGUUUCCCGCUUUGCCGCCGUGCCUGAUAUUGGCUGGCCGGACUGCUUCAAUACUGGGCUCAUGGUACUCACUCCCAACAUGCAGGAUUAUUACUCUCUCCUCGCUCUUGCCGAGCGAGGGAUUAGCUUUGACGGUGCAGACCAGGGCCUGCUCAACAUGCAUUUUAAGAAAUGGGAUAGAUUGAGCUUUGCCUACAACUGUACACCGAGUGGGCAUUAUCAGUAUAUCCCCGCCUUCCGCCAUUUUGGCAGCAAUAUUAGCCUAGUGCAUUAUAUUGGCAGGCGGAAGCCGUGGAAUUUACCCCGCCAGGCGUUUCCGUUGGAGAGUCCGUAUAAUCAGCUUUUGGGGAGGUGGUGGGCUAUGUAUGAUAGACACUAUAGACCGGUGGCCAAACCUACCCCUCACCUUACAGAUGGAGCUGACAUUACUACGGAUCAGGAAGCUUCUGGACGAGAACCCCAAGCUCAUAGAGUGCAGAUUCCCACACGGUCCUGUGGGCGUGAUCGUGAUCAGCUAUCUAAACCAUUGGAAAUAAUGCAUAUCUCGGAGCAACUCUACACACAAGGUCAUCCACAGACUCAAUCCUACCCGCCUGAUCCUUCCGCUCCCGUUCCUGCUCCCGCCGAAGCUGCAGUCCAAACUGAAGCUAAUGGAGUUACCCAGCAACACGAUGAGCGGGGCGACUUUGAGCCAUCCCGCUUCCCUGAAAUUUCACGUGUAAUUGAUGGUGCUUCAGUAUUAGAGAGCAGUGCAGUUGGAGCCAGGCCAAUUAGUCCGCCCUCACAACCUAAAGCCCCUGAAAAGAAUCAUCAUCUUGUCAUCAGCGCUGUCCCCCAAUAUGUCCAUGGCGAAGAGCAUGUAUCUGCCUACCGACACCCUCUUUCUUUUCCUCUUGAUCCCCCUUCCGACUCAAAGGAAGUGCCAAAUCUCAGAAGUAUUCCUACUGCUGACAUAACAGACGUACCUAUACAUCAUCAUCUCCCACGGGAGCUAACUGACCCGAUAAAUCAGCCACAAGUAGAGCAAAUUAUUACCUCUUCCCAGGAGCCCGAGCCGUUGAAGGUAGCUCCGGAGAUACCAUUCUCGCUGCCAAGAGCGGAAUGGGAUCCUUCCCGAGCACCUCCCCCCGUGGAUUCUAAACCAGAGGCAUUUAAUUUACCCUCACAAACAUACACUAUGUCGCAGGACAUGCAACUUUUCCAACCACCAAGUUUAUACCCGGAAGCCCCGAAAGAUAUGUACUACCAAGUACCCCCUAGACAACCAGAAACAAAGCCUCUAGCUCCCGUAUUCCCGUGGGAGGCUUACGCCCCAAAACCUACACGUGUUUUCCUGGACGAAUCGACAGAACCCAAUGCAAAAACAGAAUCUCAUUCGAAAUUAUUAGCCAAAGGCGAAGAUAAAAUAGGCGGCUCCACAGGACCAGCGUCCGCAGGCUCAGUACCUUCCGAGGACCCGUGGUUAAGCUACACUCGCUCGAACGCAUGGGACGAAGUUCCCGAAAUUGAGAGAUACAUGCGUUCCCUCCAACGGCCCCGGAGGGGCCAAAUCCAGGUCUUAAAAUCCGGGGAAACCAGCACCACAGGAGACCGUUCCGGAACAGAAACUGAACGUCGAAGGCCCAGCCUACUGCUCACCGAUUUCCCCACGGAGGCAGAGCGGCCCAGCCUCCCAGUAACACCGGCACCUAUUCCGCGCUCGCAAUAUAUGGACGAGGCCGAUUCUGAGUCUACUGGAAGAGACAAAAAGAAAUGGGGAGGAAGGGGAGCAGCGGGUAGUAGUGGUGCUGAUGACAGUCUGCCGCUUGCCGCCGGAGUCCCAUCGCAGGAGAACUGGAACCCCGUGGAGCGCCUGGAAGAGCUCCACCGGCGCCAGUCUGCGUUACUUGAUGAGACGCGUGGUGGGCCGCCGGAGCUUGAGGUGAGAGAGAUUCCGAGGCGGAGGAUGCCCGGAGAAGGAGGUGGUGGUGAAGAAGAAGGGAGGGGAUAA